CGAGCACAACCCAGCCCCAUUUUUGUUGCUAGGAGAACCUUCUAUUUUGUAUCAGGCAUCGCAGCCUUGACGACGCAAUGUUUGCGCGUAUUUUGCACAUGUUUUUCUACAGCGACUCCUCUCCCGCAGUAAUAAUAGUCGAAUGGCUCUGGUUUCCUCUUGCGCCCGGCCCAGUUUUUCCGUUGCAGCCCCAGUUCUCACAGGCGGCGGGGCGCUCGCUCCGGGACAGGGCGGCGCGGACCGGGGGACCAGCGCGGCUGUGAAUGGGGAGGGAGGAGGCUGGAGGGCGGCUCGGGUCUGCCCCCCUUACCCCCCCAGGAGCUGAGCUCUUCACCCAGCAGCUCUGGCUGCGUUUCCAAAUCGGCAGUUUGGGGAAAAGAAAAAAAAAAAAAAAAAGCAACGCCACGUCUUGCAAACACGAGGGGAGGGGGCGAGCACUCUGUGCGCGCGCGGCCCCCAAGGGGUGAGAAAGGAGGGGCCCGGAACCUUGUGAAAUAAACUCCCCUAGACCCAAAGUCCCCGGGCUCGGGCCCCCGGGCUGGAGGGCGACACCGGGUCCAACGGCCGACCCGCCGGCGGCGCGCGCGCCCGAGGGUCGUGGCGGGAAGCGCGCCAGCUCCCAGUGUUCCCUCUACCGCCGCCCGGGGUCUUCCUUCCCCACGAUUCCGAGCCACCCCGCCUCCAGGGUGCGCGGGGGUGCGCGGGGGAGGGGACCCGCAGGGGGCAAGGACGCCGCGACCGACGUUAACCGUUAACGGUGGGCUUCUCCCCGGCGACCGGCGCGGCUACAAGAUGGCGGAUGAUAGAGAAGGUACAGUAGCAGAAUUACAGAAAAAAAUCAAAGAGGCAUUUGAAGUAUUUGACCGUGAGUCGAAUAAUACAGUGGAUGUGAGAGAGAUUGGAACGAUUGUGAGGUCCCUGGGGUGCUGCCCCAGCGAAGGUGAGCUCCACGACCUGAUUGCGGAGGUAGAGGAGGAAGAACCCACUGGAUACAUCCGAUAUGAAAAAUUUCUUCCAGUGAUGACCAAAGUACUACUGGAAAAAAGAUACAGACCAAUUCCAGAAGAUGUUCUUCUUCGAGCUUUUGAGGCUUUAGAUCCAGCUAAACGUGGGUUUCUUACUAAAGAAGAACUGAUCAAGUAUAUGACUGAAGAAGGUGAACCUUUUUCACAAGAGGAAAUGGAAGAAAUGUUGGCAGCUACGAUUGAUCCAGAAACAAAUGCAAUUCAUUACAAGGACUAUAUAACAACCAUGAUGAUAGAUGACAGUUAAAUGUUCUGAAGACUUCACUUCUAAUUGAAAGGACAAUUUAAAAAAUUGUUUGUCCUUGUUAAUUUCACAUUUUAGCCAGUAAUUCCUAUAGCUGAUUAAAUAUCUUAUGAUAGAACUAUUUCAAGAUUUUUAAAAAAGAUUGUCAUAAUAAUUUAAAACAUCUUUUUGCUGUGCCUUGCCUAUGGAAUGAUCAAUUGUGAAUUAUUUAAAAACUAUUCUGAAAACAUCAAAAUAGAUUCUUAUUUUUGACAAUAAAAUCCAUGUUAUCUUCAAAUUAAUUAAACUGACAAAAUAAAGAAUGUCUGUAAUGACCUAA